AGAAGGGGGAAGAGGGAGAGGAGAAUGGCACCAACCUGAACGGGAACCAGGCAGACGCAUAACUAUCACUGACGACAUCAGGGCCACUGUGGUGGACCAUGUCAUCAACCAUGGCCUGACUAUGAGGGUGGCUGGGCAGAGGGUCCGGCCCAACCUCAGCCGCUUCACGGUAGCCAGCAUCAUUCUGACAUACCGACAAGAAAACAGAACUGCCAGGCGACCUGCCGUGGGAGGAAGGCAACGAGUGUUCACCCAUGCCCAGGAACUGGCCGUUGUCAACCUUGUGGUGGCAAACAACGCCAUCACCCUGCGCCAAUUGCGCGAGCGCAUCCUCGAAGACCAGGCAAUUUUCCACAAUGUGCACAGUGUCAGUACGACGACACUCGCCCGGGUCCUGCGGGAACACCACGUCAGCAUGAAACAACUUUACAAGGUUCCAUUUGAGAGGAACAGUGUUGCAGUCAAGAACCUUCGCUAUGACUAUGUGCAGAACAAGAUUUUUAAGACAAGAUUAUUUUCGGCAUGGCGGUGGAAGGUCUAUGACCGCCUACCACAUGUACGCGUGCCGCUCCUGCGAGCGAUGGAGGAGGCAUGUGGGGACAUCGAGGUGGGGUCGAUCCAUGGGUGGAUACGCCACACACGGAGAUAUUUUCCCCGUUGCCUGGCAAGGGAAGACAUUGCCUGUGAUGUGGACGAGGUGCUGUGGCCCGACCCCAAUCGACGACGAGAUCCCUGACAUGGACCUGCAAUAGAAACACCUACACCAGAUGUUCAAUACGUAUAGUAGUUCUGCACCUGUACACUGAGUUUUGGUUGUGGAAAUAAACACGGUUUACAGACUACAAAUGUAGGCAGUGUCUUGAGUACAGUUGACCUGUGUGUUGUGUUUGCUUUGACUGUUUAUAUUGCAUGUGCAUGUGUGUUUCCUAUCGAUCCGAAGAGGGCCUUUUCAAGUUAGUGUUACGUUUUGAUUGCAGAAUGUUAUUUUGCAUUGGCAGUUAGAUGUUGAUCUCCAAGUGCUGUGUCAAGAAAUCUUGU